AUGGCAUUUCUUACCUCUCGUGACGAAGCUGCCGACCCCGUGUGCCACAAGAACUCCGACUGCGGUCCAGGUGUUGGUUACUGUUACCAUGGCAUCUGUGUCGCUGACCCUCCCAAGGAUGCUCGUGAAGUGUCGGCCGACCCUGUCUGCCACAAGAAUUCCGACUGUGGUCCUGGCGUUGGCUACUGUUACCAUGGCAUCUGUGUCGCUGACCCUCCCAUGCUUGCCCGUGAUGAACAGACUGAUCCCGUCUGCCACAAGAACUCCGACUGUGGUCCCGGUGUGGGUUACUGCUAUCAUGGCAUCUGUGUCGCUGAUCCUCCCGUUGUUCCUCGCGGCGAAGAAGCCGAUCCUGUGUGCCACAAGAACUCCGAUUGCGGUCCAGGUGUUGGCUACUGCUACCAUGGCAUUUGCCUUGCUGAGCCUCCCAAGUGA